AUGUCUCAACGCAAACUUCCACGAGCCAAAAGAUUCUCAGAGCUUGAGUCCAGGUUCAACAGACUUGUGGAGGAACAACAACAAUCCCGAAGAGAACUAGAAAUCAUUUUUCAUGAGACAGAUGAGCAAUUGGAGAACACAGAGAAACACUUAGAACUACUAAGCAAGGAAAAUGAAGACCAAUUGGUGGAUGCAAAGGAGAAUGUGGAAGAGCAAAAUGAAGAGGCCUUUGAACUAAUUGAAGAUCCCCUUCAAAAAUCCAAAGAAUUGUUGAAAAGACAAGAACAACUCAUGGAGAAACAACAACAAUCCUGGAAAGAGCAAGAGAUCCUCUUUAAGGAAGUGGAUGAGUACUUGGAGAAAGGAAGGAGAAACUCAGAACUGCUAAGCAAGGAAGACAAAGACCAAUUGGUAGAUGUGAAGGAGGAAUCGGAAGAACGAGAAAGUAAGGAAGACACUCAAGAGAAGUCACACUCAAGUGAAGUAGAGAAGUGCAUAGAGGAAGAGCUCACGGAACCAUCAUUGCAAGGGACUCUUGAUGAAGACAAAACUCCAAUAAUCACACAACCACCAAGUGCUGAUAUCCAAGAUGUGAAGGUAGAAGGGGAGAAACUUCAUCCUCCUUCGACAGUGAACCUGAAAGGACCUUCCUUAGACUAA